ACAAUACAGAUCUCUCCCCUGUCAGCUGCUGCACACUGCUUUGUAUUGCUCUGCCUACCGGCACUUCUACCCCCUUCCUGCCUACCGGGCACUGUCACCCCCUUCCUGCCUACCAGGCACUUCUACCCCCUUCCUGCCUACAGGGCACUUCUACCCCCUUCCUGCCCACCGGGCACUUCUACCCCCUUCCUGCCUACAGGGCACUUCUACCCCCUUCCUGCCUACCGGGCACUGUCACCCCCUUCCUGCCUACAGGCACUUCUACCCCCUUCCUGCCUACAGGGCACUUCUACCCCCUUCCUGCCCACCGGGCCACUUCUACCCCCUUCCUGCCUACAGGGCACUUCUACCCCCUUCCUGCUACCGGGCACUUCUACC